AGCUUUCCAGGUCACGUGACUGUCACGUGAUCGCCUCCUUUCCAUCAUGGCGUCUCGUCAGGAUGUCCUGUUUUCCUCUCGGUCUGUACAGCGAGCGAUGUUUGUCUUCUCUUUCUGCUGGACCUUAAUCCACAGCGCUGUACAAGAUGUUGAAAGCUGUGACAGCCUCCGACACGGACAGUAUCUUUGCAAAAGCCCUAAAAUAGAUGAUGCGACUCAAGAACCAGAGAACUGCAAGGAUCAAGUUGCAUGGGUGGAAUGCCUUCCUGCACCAAACAUCAGCUGCUUGCUGACAAACGGGACUAAGUUCAGGUUCAGCGGCGAUGAGGUCGGAUUUAAUAAAAGCAUCCCAUGUCGGAAUGUGACUGGCUAUUCCUAUAAAGUGGCUGUGGCUUUGUCGCUCUUCCUGGGAUGGCUGGGUGCAGAUCGCUUCUAUCUGGGCUAUCCAGCUCUCGGGCUGCUGAAGUUCUGCACUGUGGGUUUCUGUGGAAUUGGAAGUCUGGUGGACUUCAUACUGAUAUCCAUGCAGAUCGUAGGUCCAUCUGAUGGCUCGGAUUACAUCGUGGACUACUAUGGAGCGAGGCUUGUACGGCUCUCCAUAACAAAUGAGACAUACAGGCGAACACAGAUCUCUCUCUGAGGAGGUGGACGAAGAGGACGGGACGGAAAACCAACAUGCAGGAUUGUGUCGUAUACUUUAUGUCUGAAGGGCACAUGGACAUGCCAGACACUACCACCUCAGAGGAAAUGACUGAGUGAAUGUGCAACUGUGUGAGUGCAUGAGCGAGAGAAUUUAAGGGGAAUAUGCGUGAGCAAGUAUGCGACUGAGUGUGUGAAUGAAUGUGCAAGGGAGAGAGUGACUAAGGGAAUAAGAGAGCGAGUGUGUGUGAGUGAGUGAAGGAGUGUGUAACUAUAUGCAUACAUUGAGUACAUUGAGGAUUGUAAAUAGAGACUACAAUAUGUAAAGCCUGUGUUCUCCAAAAUGUCUAAGCCCAACUUUAUUCCUGUGUCUCCUCACCACAACACACCGUACGUCCUUCUUUCAUCUGACUCUCCACAAGUGAAAGUACUGUACUUCAUCCUGAUGCAGUGAGACUGUCAUCUACAGAAUGCCACGUGUCUUGAUUAAGUUUAGUGUGAUUCCUUACAAACCUACUGGGAAGAUGGACAUUAUGCUGAACAGUGUAUAUACUAUUUGUGGAUUAUACAGUGGGUUAAAUUUUCGUCUAUUCUGUUUAUUUGUCAAGAGGGAAACUAUAUUUUGUGAAAUAUUAAUUUAAGACCUUAUGUUUUGUCCUUAUUUAAAUUAUGUAAAUAAA